GCGACAUCUCGAGUGCUUCUUUGACCGUUGCGCGCUUCGAUUCGCCGGAUUCGGAGACGUUGUAAUGGAUUUUCCUCCGGGUCGCGGUUUGCAAUUGACGGACGGGCUGGACGUUGUUUGAAAGACAUUCCUCGGAGGUAAACGAUCGCGUUGUCCGUUUCCCGCCACGAUAAUAAUCUUCGCAGAUCUCAGGUGUGAGCCUCGCGUGUCUCAUUAGCGCGAAUCGAACGUCAGCAGAAGUUCAUGGCCGUCGCAAUGAACUGAUCCGACGGAGCGACUCCGAAGAUCCGUUGAUCGACCUGGUCCUUCCCGAGCAUGGAGUUUUGGGCACGUCCUCUGGAGAGAAGACAUCUCCACGUGGACGUGGAGACCGUCUUCGCGAUGACGAAGAGAAAGCGCACGAAAAGGCUGCGCGGCCCGGACUCACCUCUCUACUCGUCCAUCUGGCCGAUGGUGUGCGUCGUGCGGAUUUUCGGCUUCGCCCCCUACGAGUUCUCGCAGGACCGGCUGGUGCCGUCGAACGGCUACCUGAUCUUCUCCGCGAUCGCCGCCGUGCUUCACAGCUACAUACUGUACAUGGUGUUCCUGAGAUUUACGAGCAUCAAGCGGGAGAGCGCGGUUUCUAAUGGAACGGAGGACGCGAAGGUGAUCAUCAACUACAGCGUGGUGAUGUACGAGCUGGGUCUGACGAUUUUCACGAGGCGCAGCUUCACAAGAAUAUGGAAUGCCCUGCAGGAUUAUGACGAGGAUGUCAGACAGCUGGGCUACCCUCGCAAGGAGAUGAGAACCGCAAUUGCCGGGUGGAUCCUUACUAUCGUGACAGCGACUGUGUGGACUAUCCUCAGUUUCUUCGGGAUGUACGCUUUUCGCGAAACGUGGUCCUUCAAUGUGGGGUACAUGCUGCCGUACAUCGGCACCUCGAUAGCUGUCUAUAAGUUCGUGGGAAUGGCAUAUUUUCUUGGACAACGGUUUCAUCAUCUCAACGCGAUCGCGAGAAAAAAUCUCCCUUCGCCGUCGCCUCGAGAGAGAACUACGCGUGUCAGCAGAAAGACGAUCCAAAGUCUGCACAAUGAUUUGAUGCUUACUGCGGAGGAUUUGGAGUCCCUGUACUCUUGGUCACUGCUAUUCUGGCUCGGCAAUCUCGGCUUGCACAUCGUCACUAACGUAUAUUUCAUCAUUAACUGGAUACGUGUGACCAUAUGGGAGAUGGCGAUAUGGCCACUGACCCGCUGCAUAUGUACUUGGCUGUUGGCGUUCUUCAUCCAGCUUCUGUUACUCCACAUCGUCUGUGACUUCGCCUCUUCUCAGGCCAAUAAUAUGGGUUCGAUCCUUAUCGAGUGGCGAGUAAGAUUGAUGAGGAGAAACGAAGAGUGCUUCGACUCGACUCUGCAAUAUCUAAAUCGAAAGCUCAAGUUCUCCGCGGCCGGAUGCUUCCACGUGAACUUGCCGUUGUUACGAUCGAUCGCCGCUUUGCUGACCACAUACCUAGUGCUAUUGCUGCAGUUUCCGGAGUGAAAGUGCCCUGGAGAUAAAAGCCAGAAGGAGAGAGAAAGAGAGAGAGGAGAGAAUCGUAAAAUCGCUCUGAAUUUCGUGCCAUAAAUUUUGAACGCAUAUUCCAUCGAAUCAACACAUGUGAAAGGUCAGUUUUGCAUCGAUGAUCCUUGUAAUAUUAGACCAAUCAAAUAUGUAUUUGUUGAAAUUGCAUUAGCUGAAUAUUGUUUGCAUAGGUAUAACACACUGAUCGUAAUAAAUCUCGUUUGAUUUCACGGUGAAAUAAAUGUUGGAUGUAACAACUUGUGCAGUUUCAUAU